UGAAAUGGAUGAUUGGUUGUAUUUACUAACAUGCAAAUCACCAGCAGGGCUCUUACAACUGAAGAGACAGCAGUUGCAGAAGCUCUGUAAAAAGCUGGGUUUAAAGGCCAGUGGCAAGAAUGUUGAUCUGAUUUCACGGCUAUCUGAACAUAUCAAGGAACCCAUUAGAGAUGAGCCUGUCUCUCAUUCUCCACUUCCUCUUGUGGUAAAGGAAGAAGUUAGCUCUCCAUUUGGAGAAGAAUCUGAGGACCAUUAUGAAGCUGCUGCCUGCUGCCAGGUUGAGAAACAAAGUGAAAUAAGGAGUGACUCUGGCUGGUGUGUCGUUCACGGAAUGGAGAUUGAUGUUCCUGGCCAGAUCUGGUGUCCCCUGAUCCUGAAGAGUGGCCGAAUAUUGGUUGCUGCUGGAGAUGUGCUCAUCCCAUUCUACUUGACCCCAGCAGCUGUGGAGACUCCAGCCCAUCUGGAGGACAACAGGAUCUGUGCCGAGUGCUUCCAAUUAAAUCAAAAGAAGAACUCUACAAUACAGAUUUCCUAUUCCCAACAAUAUUCAGGUUGUUACUUUUCUUCCAAUAGCAGUUCCAGAUCAAAUCGCAAAACAUUUGGCCGAUACUCUCCUCAGGAAGAUAAGGGCUACGCAACAAAGGUGGAGAAACUCUUGCUGGAAAUUGCAAAUGGUGACAUGACUGUGGACCAGGCUUUUGGAUCAGGGAGACCAACGGUGCUGCAUUCACCUAAAUGCUGAGACCUUGUUGCUGCUUGGUCUCUGUCCAACUUGUUUUUAAAUGAGCAACUGUCAAUGCAAGAACUAUUUAAUUUACCAUGUAAUAAAGGCAUUAUCUGCCAGUCAGAUUAA